AUGAAAGAAAGGCGAGUGAGCAAGAAGUCAAAUGAAAGCGAAAGGAAAAGAAUUUCAGAGGAGGAAAAAGAGAACAGCAAGAAAAGGAAUUGGAAGACAGACGAGGGAAUUCAAGAAAUUUAUGGGAAACCCUUCAUUGAGGCUGCAAUUAAGCUGGAGAAGAAGAGGGCUGAUAGGAAGCUAAGGAACUUGAAUAGAGAAAGUAGUGAUAUAUCCACUCUUAAGGAGCUGUUUUUGGGUUUGAUACAUUCUUUGCAACUGAAUGUAGAAGAUUUGGAGAUGGGGCAAACAAGGGUCACCGCAAGCUCGUUUUUGGUGUUAAACUCAGCCAUCUUUUCUUGUCCAUCAAAUUGGAACAGGAUGCUUAGGAAGUUCAUGAACAACUAUGAAUCUUUGCUUCCAAACAAGAAGGCUCUUUUUGAUAUUCCUGUCGCUCGCAACGCUAGUGCAUAUUUUGACAUCAACUAGUGCUGGCAAAUUGCUGCUUUUAUAGCUGAUGGUAGCUUCAAUGGUGACAAUGCAUUGUACAUAAGGCCGCAAUUCUUUCCUACAAUAUCUUUACUUUCUUUCAUCCAAUAUGUAUUGGACCCUAUAACAGAUGACCUUGGCAAUGUAUUUGCCUUAGCCGUUGAGGUGGUAGGAGUUCCAGUUGAUCCUCUGCUUUUGCUGGACUUUUGGGAAUGGUAGUAAUUCUUUGAACUUGUUGCCCUGUGGAAGACUCGAAGGAGGCCCGCAUAGCGCAAGGCUAUGUUUUGGAAGAAGUACAGCUGCUCUACUUCUCUUUGCAACAUCUCUUUUGCUUGGUACGGAGUGUCUAAGCGGAAGUGUGCUGUGUUUAGCUUGGGGAAUUAUUUGCAACCUUCUUUCCGGGGCGGAGAGGAGCUCCCUGCCAAAAGAUGAAGAUUACACCUAUAGGAAAUGGAUAGAUAUGCUUGGGGCAUUGUUUCUUGGUCUCAUUUGUUUUCUCAACUCUUUUCCCAAAUGGAGGAGGGAACAUUCUCCAGCCCAUUUUUUAAGUGAUCCAUUUUUUAGGGGUGAUCUUUAAGAAGGUUAUUUGAGUUAUAUUUUUAAACAACUAUAGCGUUUCUUAUAUUGUUUAUAUGCUUCAUUGGU